UGGUAUUGCCUGACUGAAAAUAAGGAAGAACAUAAUCGCAGUUAGAAAAAUAUUCUUCCAUACGAUCCAUGCUUUAGUCUCAGAGCUUGAAAUGUAAAAGAAGUAGCUCUUUGUAACUUGUAGGCUCCGCCUAGCUCGAACAACAGGAGCCGAUUUUCAGGCAGUGCCUUAGACAACAGCAACUUUGGAGGUCCCCAGUUUGCUGAGGGAGACGUGGACCUGAGUGGGGCGGUGCGUUCCCGGGCACGGCAGAGGAAGUGGGAGGCCAGGCGGAAUUGGCGGGCAUCUCCGCCCGGAGCGGCUCCACCAUGUCGAAGGUUUCCUUUAAGAUCACGCUGACGUCGGACCCGCGGCUGCCUUACAAAGUACUUAGUGUUCCUGAAAGUACACCUUUCACAGCAGUCUUAAAGUUUGCAGCAGAAGAAUUUAAAGUUCCUGCAGCAACAAGUGCAAUUAUUACCAAUGAUGGAAUAGGAAUAAAUCCUGCCCAGACUGCUGGAAAUGUUUUCCUAAAGCAUGGUUCAGAACUGCGAAUUAUUCCUAGAGAUCGUGUUGGAAGUUGAUGCAGCUACAAGAUUGGUACCCUGCUCUUCUGACCAGAUUGUUGCCCAUAAGGCCCUCCAAUACAGAAAUUCUGGAACUACCCUCUGAUAAUACUAGAGAUAGAUCAUUAUUUAAAUCAGGCUGUGUAGUUAAACCAUUCUAUUUGAAAUAAACAUUCUCAAAAGGUUUAGCCUAUCCAAUCUAUUAGCUACAGCCUCCAAAUUGCCUAAGCCAGGUAUUUGGGACUCAUUAGAUUUUUUUUUCCUUUUCUUUUGCCAUAGCAAACCCAUCACAAGAUUCUAUUCCAUUUACAAAAUAUGUCCAAGAUCUGUAAUUAAAGCCCUCAUCCUCUCAUAAAUGCUAUUAGAAAAGCUUGUAGUCUCGGUUCCCUCUUUCACGCUGUUGUUGUAAUGAGGUUUUUGGCAUGGAAAUACGAUUGUGUAGUUCCACUAGUCAAAAUCCUGCUGAAUAAAAAUCUAUAUAUGACAUGUGAGAACCUUCAUGAACUGCUCUUCGUUCAGAGUCAUCUGGUACCACGACUGAUUUGCACUGCAGCUACACUGAACUACAGAUAUUUAUUAUCUCCAUUGUGCCAUGGUCUCACACCUCCAUGCCUCUACUUUCUCCAGUGGUCCUCCUGAAAAAUCCAGGAUUGAUUCUUCAAGUUUAAAAGCUGGGGAGCCUUUCCUCACUCCUCCCGAGCAGAGCUAGGUUGUUUAACUCUCCAAGCAACCAUUGCAUUUUGGACAUUCCCCCAUUGUAGCAAUUGUUAAAUACAGAGUUAUAUUUGUCUCUGAUUUAAAGUAUAAGUUUUAUAAAAGUGUAAGAUUGUGAUUGAAACAGGAUUUCCGAAUUACCUUGCCCAUAAUAGAUAGUAAAUACUUUAUGAUCAAAAGACUACAGAAGAGAAUAAAAACUUUGAAAAUCGCAACAA